AUGCGAGAGGAGGAAGAGACAUCGUCGUCGUCGUCUCGCGAUCAGGAGAAGCAGCUUGGGCUCAAGUCUACCUAUAUUGAUGAUUCCUCGCUUGCCCACUUGCCGCAGGAGCAUCGCGACUAUCUCCUCCAGCGCCAUGGAACUCUGGCGCUGGACCCUAUGCCCUCAAUGGAUCCCGCUGACCCUUACAACUGGCCCGGCUGGAAGAAAACCGCAAACCUCAUCCUCGUCGCAGUCCACGCCAUGAUGACAACCUUCACCGCCGCCGCCAUCAUCCCAGCCUUCGAGAUCAUCGCCGAAGACCUCGACGUCUCCCUCGUCAAGGCCUCCUAUCUCACCAGCAUGCAAAUCGCCGUUCUCGGCUUCGGGCCCUUGCUCUGGAAGCCCAUCUCCAACCGCUACGGCCGCAGGCCCGUCUGGCUCGUGUCGGUCGCUCUGUCGGGUAUCUGCAAUGUAGGCUGUGCGGUCAGUCCGAACUAUGCGGCGAUGGCGGCGUGCCGCUGUCUUGUUGCCUUCUUCAUCUGUCCCGCUAUUGCGAUCGGGUCGGGUGUCGUUGUCGAGACGUUCUUCAAGAAGGACAGAGGCCGGUUCAUGGGCGUCUGGACCCUCAUGGUCACCCUCGGACCCCCCGCCGGCCCCUUCUUCAUGGGCUUCGUCGCCGAACACAUCGGCUACCGCUGGAUAUACUGGGUCCUCGCCAUCACAAACCUCGUCCAACUCCUCCUCUACAUCCCCUUUGGCCCCGAAACCCGCUACAUGCGCGUCUCCCACACACCCACAACAACCAAACCCAACCCCAAACCCUCCCCCUUCAAAGCCCAAUACCUCUCCAUCCUCACCCGCAUCGACCCCACCCCCCUCACCGCCCUCGAAUUCCUCCACCCCCUAUCCCUCGCCGCAUACCCCUCCAUCCUCAUCCCAACCCUCAGCUACACCUUCGUCUUCGGCUUCGCAUCCGUCUACCUGACCGUCGAAAUCCCCCAAAUCUUCAUUCCCAAAUUCGCCCUCUCGCCCCAGGGCCUCGGCCUGCAGUUUCUCGGCAUCGUCGUCGGCAGUGUCGUCGGCGAGCAACUCGCCGGCCCGCUGAGCGAUUGGUGGAUGAACCGGAACCGGAAUAGGGAUGGGAGUGAACAAAGCAGUGCGCGGCCGCGGCCUAGGCCCCGGCCCGAACACCGCCUGUACCUCUCGUACCUGGGCUUCCUGCUCGCGAUCGUCGGGCUGGUCGUGUUUGGCGUGCGCACGGAGCAGGCGGCAAAGGGCCACUGGAAUGUGACGCCCAUCGUCGGGAUCGCGGUUGCGGCGGCGGGGAACCAGAUUGUGACGACGGUGCUGGUGACGUAUGCGGUGGAUUGCCACGGCGAGCACUCGAGCAGUAUCGGGGUGUUUGUCAAUGUGGUGCGGAGUACGUGGGGGUUUAUUGGGCCGUUUUGGUUUCCGGAUAUGAUUACGAAGUUGGGGGUUGGGGCGAGUGGAGGGCUUAUGGCUGGGAUUGUGUUUGUUGUGGGUUGGUUGCCUGUGUUGGUGUUGCAGUGGAGGGGUGGGCGGUGGAGGGCGAGGAGGGUGGAGAAGGAGGGAUGA